UGAAGGUGUUCUGGUGUCAACCUGUCGCUGCAUCCGUGAUGUUUGUCUUUACUUCCCAAUCCAUGUAUGUACAGAACUUACGCAUACGUCAGUCCCAGUUCGCUAGUGAUCAUCAUCAUAUUCUCCGGGCGCUGAAACUAGAAUUGCAAUCUUGCCGACGGAGUAAACUAGUGAUUGUGGGCUUAGCUACAGCGCAAAUUCUGCUGCCUGUCAUUGUCACUCGGGCUCUUCACAGCCACAGCCGCACGUAAUAUCCCGUGUUUGUUUAUGGGGAGUUUGGAUCUCAGUAAGGUCUGAGCAGAGUCGGCCACAGCACGAGCCUGAUGUCAUACUGUGGAUAACAGAAAACAGCACUAAGACUCUUGACCA